AUGGAUGGCAAUCAGGAAUUAUUUCCCUGUGAAGUCUGUGGAAGACGCUUCGCAGCAGAUGUUCUGGAAAGGCAUGGACUAAUAUGUAGAAAACUCUUCAACAAAAAACGUAAACCUUUCAGUUCUUUAAAACAAAGAUUACAGGGCACUGACAUUCCCACUGUGAGGAAAGCUGCUCAGUCCAAGCCUCCACCUGUGAAGAAAUCUAACUGGAGACAACAGCAUGAAGACUUCAUUAAUACAAUUCGGUCAGCAAAGCAGUGUAUGCUAGCCCUUAAAGAAGGCCGGCCUCUUCCACCCCUGUCCUCUUCAUCUGUCAACCCAGAUUAUAUUCAAUGCCCAUACUGUAUGAGGAGAUUCAAUGAAGCUGCAGCCAGUCGCCAUAUCAAUUUCUGCAAAGAUCAAUCUUCUCGCCGAAUCUUUGAUCCAAUCAAGACAGCUGCCAAAAUAGCAUCUAGAGGACAGGAUGGGUCUCAGGUGAGUUCACCCAAGGAGCCAACAGUAACCAGUGCUGUGGGGGUUCUGCUACAAAACAGGGCCCUGGAGAUCUUGAAUGGGGGCCCAUUCAAAUCAGCUGUGGACCCUCCCUCCGGAGCCAAAUUUAAACAAGGAUCUACUAAAUCUUCGAAAAAGGAUUAA